GAGAAACUCUUUAGCAAAGCAGGGAGUUAGCAACCCGUUAGCGCCCUACACCUUUACUUUAAAAUACUAACUUGAAAAUGAUUCAGACGCACAAAAGAGCCCGGCUAACUGGAAUUUAAUCUGAAAAGAAGUGGAUGGUGUCGUUAAAAUGUCGGAAAGAAAGCGAGCCAGAGAGAGUGAGGACAGACGGGAGCAUAAGAAGCACAAGACAUCCAAAAAUGAACUCGAUAAACUGAAGACGCAUACGAAGAAACUCAACCAGGAGGUACAAAAGCUUAAACACAUCGAGACUUUCUAUGAAAAACCUCCACCAGGGUUCAUUAAGGAGCACGAGGAAAAACCAGAGGACUGUAUUCCUGCUGACCCUGGGAAUGAAGAUGCCAGAAACUUCCUGGCACACGCCCCCACCAGGGGGCUCUGGAUGCCCCUGGGGAAGGAGGUGAAGGUGAUGCAAUGUUGGAGAUGCAAACGCUACGGUCACAGGACAGGAGACAGGGAGUGUCCUUUCUUCAUUAAAGGCAACCAGAAACUGGAGCAAUUCAGAGUUGCUCAUGAGGAUCCAAUGUAUGACUUAAUCCGAGAAAACAAAAGAAACGAAAAGGAAACCAGGAUCCAGCAGCUGCAGCAGCUGCUCCAGGAUACCACCUCCUCUUCCUCAGACUCGGACAGCUCUUCCUCAUCAUCGUCUUCAGACCAUCAUCGCAAGAAGAGGAAAAAGAGGAAGGACAAGAAGAAGAAGGAAAAGAAAAAGAAAAGGAAGCGAAAACACAAAUCAUCCAAAACUACUGACAGCUCAGAUUCAGACUGAGAUUCUCAUCUUGAAAACUACAUUCUCUCAAUGUAGGAAAAGUCUUGAAUAGCAGCAGCUGUAGGUGUUGGACUUCAGAAUCCAGUUUGUCCUCCAGAGUGCACUGCAGAGACUCUUUUAAGCUUUUCUCUGCAGGUUCCAGCAGUAAAACACAUUCGCUGUGCAUGUCUUCUCUAAACUGUAUCGUUCACCCCAUCAGCAUGACCUAUACAGAGAGUCCAAGGUUCCAUUUCCAGAGAUAGAAACGUCAUCCAGAAGUGUUUUUGUUUCUGUUAUGUUUACCUGAUCAUUUUAUCAAAAGAUGAUUGUAAUGUGUUUAUUUCCCUGAGGUGAAAAUAUUUCAAAUGAAAAGCUGCAGUUGGUUCAUGUUUUCCACUGAAGCCAGAAUGUUUUGAAUGGUUGUAACAGCCCAGAAAUGUUUGGAAUGGUUUGAGGUUGGACUAUGCUUAUUUGCUCGAGAGAAAAAAAAUCCCACAGAAAUGAGAAAAGUUAUGUGAAUAAACUUUCUGUACCGUGAGGAUGAAGAAGGAGAGUUCUUUCCCGUGU